AUGUCGACUAUCGAGACUGGACCGUCGUCCGUCGACGUUUCGGCGUCGUACCUGAGCGCGCGCAGCGUGCUUGGUCUCCUCGGCCUCUGGCUGGUGUACCAGUUCUUCAAGGCCCUUUACAACAUAUCGCCGCUGCACCCGUUGAGCGGCAUUCCCGGCCCGAAGUUGUCUGCUGCGACGUACAUCCCUGAGUUCUACCAUGAUGUUAUCAGGUUCGGCAGAUACACGAGAGAAAUCCACCGCAUGCACGAGCAGUAUGGACCCAUCGUCCGCAUCAGCCCUCAUGAGGUUCACUGCAACGACGCCAACUUCUCCGACGAGAUCUACGCUGUGAGCGGUCGCAAGCGCGACAAGCCAGUUCACCAGAUCAACGGCUCGGCCCUGGGCGAGUCUGGAUUCGGAACUGUUGAUCACGACCAGCACCGUCUGCGACGUGGCCCUCUCGCCAAGUUCUUUUCGCGCGGCAACAUUGCCCGAUUGGAGGCGGACUUGCAUGCGAUGGUCCAGAGGCUUUGCGACAAGCUGCUGAACGAGUCGGGCAAGAAGGAGUUUGAUGUAACAAUGGCUUACAGCUGCUUCACGUCCGAUGCCAUUUCGGGCUACUGUUUCGGCGAGAGCUUCGGCUUCCUGCAGCAGGAGGGGUGGUAUCCCAACUUCCGCGCCCCGACCGCCUCAAUUCUGCGACCCGUCUUUGUCUUCCGCUUCUUUCCCUGGACCAAGUCUCUUACCGUGCUUGGAGAGUGGCUCAUCAACUACUUACCCGCGGAUAUCGCCCUGCUCAUCCAGACGUUGAAGAUCGAUAUCCCGAACAGGGUCAAGAAGACCAAGAAGGAACUCGAUGCCGGCAUCCGACAUGAGCGCCCCACAGUCUUCGGUUCCCUUUUGGAGUCGGAACUCUCCAUGCUCGAAAAGGAGCCCGAGCGAUUGGGCGACGAAGCCACGGCCGUUGUCGGCGCCGGUACCGAGACCACCAGCUGGGCCCUGUCCGUCAUGACUUAUCACCUCUUGACUAAGCCCGAACUCCUCGCGAAGCUCCGCAAGGAACUCGACGGGGUUGUCACUGAUCCUCAGCACCUCCCAUCCUGGACGUCUCUGGAGACCCUUCCCUACCUCGGUGCGGUCAUCCAGGAGGGUCUUCGUCUGUCUUACGGUGUCUCUGCGCGCACUGCUCGCAUCCCCACUCAGGAGAACCUGGUCUACCGCGGCGAGUUCAACAAGAAGCCCGUCGAGUAUGUCAUCCCCCGCGGCUUCGCCAUUGGCAUGUCCGCCGCCAUCACCCAUCACGAGGAGGGUGUCUUCCCCGAUUCCUACCAGUUCAUCCCCGAGCGUUGGCUGGAUGAGAAGAACAACCGCAGAAAGGACGUCGAGAAGGGCAUGCUCGCUUUCUCCAAGGGCAGCAGAUCUUGUUUGGGAAUGAACUUGGCUUUGUGUGAGAUGAACCUGUGUUUGACUGCCCUUGUACUGCGCGUCCUGCCUCGUAUGCAACUUUUCGACACCGAGGACGAAGAUGUCGCAUACGAUCACGACAUGUUCGUGCCGGAGCCAGCCAAGGGUACCACGGGAGUCAGAGUGAAAGUUGUUUAG